AUGUUAGAGAUUAAAAAUUAUUUGCAAAAUGAAAAAUGUAAAUUCGAGUAAGGGCUCAACAGUAUUCUCCCCUGGCACUAAAUCUUCAAGGCAAACUUCCAAAUCAACCUCUCAUGCUAACUCUGUGAAGGAAACUCCAACAAAUCAUGUAUCUUCUACAAAACACCCCUAAAACUCUGUUUCUAAUAAUCUUGGUACUCAGAAGUAGUAAUAGGCAAUCAGAGUAGUCGCUCCAAUUAAAUGUACCAGCCAAUACUAAGAUCUAAAGAAGGAUCAGUAGAUAAUAAAAUCUAGACAAACCUUAGCAAGAAAUAAGGAAGUUUAGUAAGAGAUACCAAAGUGGAUAAAAGAGCACCCGUAGCAGGAGGGAAAAUAAGUUCUAAUAAUAAGCCAAUGAACGAAUCUACUUUUAACUACGAAGAAGUUUAGAAUUAAAGAUCUAGAGGCAACACUCCUAACUAGACGAAUAGAAGACUUCAUGAAGAAUUCGUAGUCAAUAACAUUAUUCAUGAUGAGCAAAUAAUUGAAGUCAAAUAAGACUAAGAUACUUAAGAGUCCGAUCAUGAGGAAGCUGAAAGAAGAAUAAGACCCUCAGAUGAGGUCUAAUACUCCUCUCACCAAUCGUAGAAUACCCAUGACAACAGAGGGAGCCUGUAAUAGCAUUUAUACAUGAAUGAAAAUCAUGCUAACUCGGAUUUCCCAAAUGGGACAAAGUCAUUUCAGGUUAUGCAAGAAGCUUAGAAAAGCAGUGGCGGGCAUGUUAACGAUUACAUGGUAAUAGAUGAUUACAACAGUCAUCAGCAGUUUGAGAUCAUCAAAGAGGAAGUUAAAGAUGAUGUCAGUCAUAUAUAUGAAACGAGAGACAGAUAGAAUUCUGACCUAAAGAGAUUUGUCAAUGACGAAGAUUGCUAGGACAAGCCAGCAUUGAGAAUUAAUUAGCAAAAGGCUAACUUCAACCCUAACUCCUUCAGUCCUUCAAUAAAGUUUGAUGAGGAUAUCACUUAUGAGAAAGAUCAGAACCUUCGAUAUCAAAACCACUUUAACGAUAUUAACUCUGAUCACACUAGAAAUCAAAGAGAUCAUUUCAAUAUUUUGGAUGAGUCCUCCUUGAAAGGAUCUAACUUCUUUAUUUCAACCUAAAAUAUUGCACCAGAAAUGGGUAGCCCUGAGAGCUUCGGAUCUCCUGUGAAGCAAGUAGAUUAAGACCGAAAUGUUCAGAUGCUUCAGCAGAGAAAGGAAUAAGUGAUACAGCAAGCACACAUACUUAGUUUUUCAGACUAGAAUCAGAAUCAUCAUAUAGAAUACCCUCCUUUGCAACAGAGAGAAUCAAUUGAAUUAAUAAAUAGCAAUCAUCAAAGCAGAGUAGUUGCCCAGAAUGACAUCGAUGGAAAUAUGCUUAUGAAUAGCAUGAGUUUAGGCAACCUAGCUAAUUAUAGUUAGAGCUAGGUUAAUUAAAACAAUAACUUGAAUAACAAUAACUACAACAACCAGAUUAAUAUGAAUCUAAAUAGUGCCGCUAAUAUCAAUAAUAUUGAGAGGUCUAUUUCUCCUACUAUGUCUAUGUAGCAGAGAAGACUAAAUGAAAUACUUAAGUCAUCUUAAUCUGAUACUCAUUCAUUGAAUACUUCAGUUCAAUAGGAUAGAAUAGAUGAUAAGCAGUUGAGUGGUAUGCUUGAUCUGGAGAAGAACUAUGUGAUUAUGCAAUAUGAGAAUAUCCUUUAAUAGCUGAAUUUUGAGUUUCAAAAAUUACUGUAAAAGGCUAAAGAGUCAGAGGAGGCCCUAUAAUAAAAGGAUUCUGUGAUCAAGACCUAAUCUAGAAUUCUAUCUGAGAAAGAUGAUCAGUAGUUCUAGUUGGAAUAGAUCAACAGAUAGCUAAACAGCCAAGUUUAAGACCUGCUUCAAGAGCUAGACAUUAUGACUUAGAGCCAGCAGCAAUUGGCAGUGCAACUCACUAAUAGUCAAGCUGAUUAGCCACCUAGUGAAAGCUGGAGACUAGACAAGGAAUUCUUAGAGCAGAGAAUAUAGACUCUGUAGGGCAAAGUUAACUUUGCUGAUCAAACUGAGCGAGACUUAAGAGAUUAGAUUGAGAUGUGUCAGGCUAAACUGAGGGCAUCUGAGUCAAAACUUAGAGGUAAAGAGGAAGAGAUGUUCAGUAUACUCAGAGAAAAUAAUACCCUGCAGAGAGAUAUUUAGAACUUGAAGGAGAUUGAAUACCAAAUAAAAUAGGAAAUUCAGGUCAGUAAUAGCUAGAGAUUGAUGACAGAGAAUGAGGUGUAGGAGUUGAAGCAGUAAUUCACUAAUUUGUAAAUACAGCAGAGAGUCAGAGACUAGGAAUUAGAUCAUUUGAUUAGAGAAAAUAGAAAUCUGAGAGGUACUAUUGAAUUGCAGUAGCAUAGCUACAAUGAGGUAAUGAUGGAACUAGGCUCUACAAAAUAAGUUGUUUCAGAUAUGGAGAGGACUAAACUUCAAAUGCAAAAUCAUAUUGAGAAGUAAGACCGAGAAGGUCAGAGUCUUAAAUAAGAAGUCAAAAGGUCUCAAUUUGCAAUUGAACAAGAAAAGAGCAAAGUUGAGGGAAUUGAGGAGCAUUACAAGCAAGAGAUUCAAAAGCUUAUCCAAUAAAGCCUUAAUCAAAAGAAAUGGGAUCAACAGUAGUGGGAAAAGUAGUAGAAGCAGAGUUUGUAUGAGCAAGAGUAACAGUAAAAGUCACUAUAACAGCAAUCUAAGAAUUUCCAAGAUAAACAACUUAUUAAUAUGGGUGAGGACUUUAACUACAGGACAUAGUAGAAUUUAAACAACACAAUUACCUUUAAAGACUAAAAUGAAUUCAUUAAAAGUCAAUAACCAUUGCAGGAUAAUCGAAGUACUUAUUACAGCCCUCAAAGAAAUUAGAGAGGGUAACCAUAGUAAAAAAUAGAAACUUAAUAUUCUCCAAGAGAAAAUAACGAGACUUCUAAGCAAGCUAAAAAUAAUACAGCAUGGCCCUAUCUAUUUGGAGGUCAAUAAAGCAAUCAAAAUCAGCCACAGUAGCAGACUAAGCAUUAGCAGUACUAGGAUAAGGUGCCAAACUAUCCACCUCCAAAGCAACCUUACAUUGAGAAGACUUUGAUAAAUUUGCAGAAUCAGCAAAAGAAUAACUUGAACGAUAAUUUAAGUCUUACAAGAAGACCUAAUGUGCCAAACAAAAAUGAAUCUCAACUACAUUCAGUAUUCUAAUGGGAAAAUGACUAGAACUCAAGGAAUGUAUUAUCAGUAGGAUCUAGAUCACUUGAGAAGAGUGAUAACUCAUUGAUGGCUAACUCACAGUCAAAUAAGAAUUUCUACAACUAGAAUGAGCAGCAACAGCCUUAAAAUAAUAGAAAUCAAGGAAAUCAUCAGAGUUCUCUAAGUGCGAACUUUGACUAAUAAAACAUUAAUCAAUAUAAAUCUAAUACUGGUGGUGGUAUUAAUUUCAAACAGCUAAGAUAACAGCUAGAUUAAGAUCUUUAACCAGCUGGCAAAAGAUCUACUAUUUAGAUGAUGCAAAGUCCGCUUAACGGAAGAAACUAGAAUCAUGAAUAGUAAAUAUCACAUCUUUAGAAUUCGCUCAGUGCAUUGCAGAUGGAUAAAGAAAGAGUAAGCAUAAUUUAAAAAUAUAGAACUUUUUAUUAGGUGGAAAAUGAAUAUCGUAAGAUUGGUCACCCUAAAAAUAAGUUACAAAUUGGUAAGAAAUAGGAACUGGAACUGGAAGUAGAAAUUAUUGACAAGAACAUACAAAAUCUGAGAUAGAAGUUGCGAGAGAUGCAUGCUCUCUGA